AUGUCUGGAAGUGAUACAGAGUCCUCGUGUGGAUGGACUUUCAUCAGUAAUGAGGGUUCAGAUAUUGAGACAUUGGGAACUGAGGAAGUAGAAUCUUCUUUAGUCAUCCCUGUACCUCAGAAAGUUGAAUUACCUGAUGGUGAUCAUGUGGAAUUAAAAGAAGAUGUACUCGAGGAUACUCUGGUUGAUACAGAAAAAGUUCCUGAUCCUGAUCCACCAGAGACCGGAAUAGAUGCUGCCACCAACGAACAUGUUUCCGUGUUGUCAUCCAGUGAUCACUCAGACAUUUUGACAUUUGGAGACAUAAAAGACGACGAGCUGGUGUCCGCGGAGGCCUCUGAUGACCUUUAUCUCGGAAUGUCCUGUAGCAGCCAGUACACAUUCACCUCGGCACAGACCGGCCUGAUGAUGACGCAAUGGAAACGGACUCUCCUUAAGUUCAGAAAACACCUGAAGACUCCAAACCAUGGAAGUUGCUCUCUUCCAGUCCUCCCGGUGCAGACGCUGGGUUUGCCGAGCAGCAGCGAGGAUGAACCCGACCUGAGCUCGGGGGUUGCGGUCCGAAGACGCCGUGUCAGACGAAACACCCCCAACACUGAGCCAGCGCAGGAGGUGAUGGACCCAAGUGAGUCAGUGAUGAGUGGCCAGGAGCAGACUGAGGCCAAACCACGGGGCCAAGGCAUCCUCACAGCAUGCGCAAUACUGACUCUCGUUAUAGCGUUUAGCACCGGCUUUGGACGCUUCUAUAGCACAAAUCAAACCCAGACAAGGAAAACCAUAGUGGAUGAAGUUUCUCUGAAUCAGCUGGAUGAAUUGAGAGACCUUCUCUUUCAGACCGGAGAACAGAAAACGCAUCUGAGCCUGAAUGAGCUGGAUUUUCCAAAGGCCAUUUCAGUGUUUUCAGAAGCCAUUUACAAGAUGAUAAAAGACAAUGACGACCUUGGCUUACGAUAUGCACAAAUACAAGAUCAGAGGAAUGAGCUUGAGUUGCUGCUCAAGGAAAUGGCUGAAGAGAAAAGACAUAUGGAAUCCCAGCACCAGAGUCUGCUGGAGGAGAACCAUGAGCUCUUACAGGCACUGGAGGAAGAGGGAAUAUCCCGAUCUGUUUUAGUGGAAGACCUCAAAACCCUGCGCAUGGCUGUGAUCAAUUUGGAGGCCGUGAAAGCCAGAGGAGAUUCACUCCAGUCUGAAAACAAACGACUGAAGGCUGAACUGGAGCAGGAGAAGGAUGGGACCCGCAGCUUCAGUGCAAAGAGAGAGGCUUUGAUGAAUGACGCAAAGAUGCUGAGAGAGAAACUAGACCACGAGCGCACAGUGACUGAUAAGUUGAGAGGAGAAAUUGACCAACUUCAACAACAGAUCGACGAAGCGGAAGAAACAAAGGACCUGGAAUCUCGCCUGGUUGAGCUGGAAGGACGGUUGAGCUUCGAGCAGCAGCGGUCUGACAUGUGGGAGCGGCUGUACCUGGAAACUAAAGAGAGGGCGAAAGGAGAUGAGGAGACUAAAAGGACGUCAAAAUCCAAGCAAGGCCCAGCGGGAAAAGUGAAAGAAACAUUUGAUACUAUGAAGAACUCUACAAAAGAGUUUGUUCGUCAUCACAAGAAGAAGAUUGAGGAGGCAAAAGUUGCAGUUAAAGAGAACCUCAGGAAGUUUUCUGAAUCACUCAAAUCCACUUUUAGGAACUUUAAGGAUUCAGCAUCUACCAUCUUAAACAAAGCACAAGGUUUUUAUGACAGGAAACGCAAUGACAGAAAAGAAGAUGAGACGGGGAAGCGCAGAUCAGGAAAACCAACCAAAAAAACACUCAAGUUCAAUUUUGACUUCCUUCGAAGUAACCACUUCUCUAGAAAUUCUGAAGAUGAAGUUCACAAGAAGUUUAAGCCACAAAGUUGCUCUGAGGUGUUCGACUGCGCCUAUCAGGAGUUUAUGAGUCUCUUUAACAAAGCUGCGGAUCCCAUUCGAGCAGAUGAGUUCCACCAGCUGCUGCAGAGCUACCUUCAGAAAGAGUUUGACUACUUCCCACACUGGAAAAAGCUGGAGAUUUUCAUCAAUAACUUCUUUCACAAUGGCCUUUUCAUUCAUGACCAAAUGCUGUUUGCAGACUUUGUUAAUGACCUCGAGGACUAUCUGACCGAUCUUUACAAGCACCAAGGGCUGAACGAAGAUUUUUUUGAAGAUCUUGAUGAUUAUAUCUACAGACACUUCUUUGGUGAUGCAUACUCUCAAAACUCAAGACCAAGGUAA